UGAGCGCCCAGCUGGGGACUGGGGGAGGGGGCGAGCCGCCAGUUAGAAGGUCAGCUCCUUGAAGGAAGGGAGCUCUGUCUUGUGACUGCUCUGCUUCAUGCUUUUACCCGCGAUAUCUAGCUCCUUGUGAGCGCUCAUGAUGGAGUACCCAGUGUUGGAAACUGGCUCACUUUUUACCUCAGGAGUCAAGAGACAUGUGAAAGAAAAAAGAAUUUCAAAGCCUGCUAAGUUGAAUGUUUCUCUUGCUUCCAAAAUCAAAACAAAAAUAAUAAACAAUUCUUCUAUUUUCAAAAUUUCUUUAAAGCACAACAACAGGGCGUUAGCUCAGGCUCUUAGUAGAGAGAAAGAGAAUUCUCGAAGAAUUACAACUGAAAAGAUGCUAUUGCAAAAAGAAGUGGAGAAACUGAAUUUUGAGAACACAUUCCUUCGCCUAAAGCUAAAUAAUUUGAAUAAGAAGCUUAUAGAAAUAGAAGCACUCAUGAACAAUAACUUGAUAACCGCAAUUGAAAUGAGCACGCUUUCUGAGUUCCAUCAGAGUUCCUUUCUGCUGCCAGCUAGCAAGAAGAAACGGGUUAGUAAACAGUGCAAGUUGAUGCAUCUUCCAUUUGCAAGGGUUCCAUUAACUUCAAAUGAUGAUGAUGAUGAUGAUGAUGAUGAUGGUAAAGAGAAAAUGCAAUGUGAUGACAAUAUUAAAUCAAAGAUGUCACCUGAUAUUCCCUCUUCAGUAUCAACAAGACAACCUUUAUCAACUCAGUGUAAUUUGGAAUUAUUAUUUCUUAAAGAAAAUAAUCAGAAUGUGUGUGGUUUAAGUGAUUCAGAGCAUAUUUCUUCUAUUGAUAUACUUCCCGAAGAAAGCCAUUCCUGCUCAGACCAAAGUUCCAAGAGUUCUUUAAUGAGUGAGAUGAAAAACGUCCAGUCCAUCGGCCACAGAAAGGAGAAACCAUCUCUUGGUAAUGUGACUGAAAGGAAAAAACGUGUAUCAUCUCGGGAAUCAAAGAAUCCUGCAGACGCUCCCUGUGUGACAGAUUUAGAGCAACAGCAGAUUUCAAGUCCAGGAUUAAAUCGGAAUAAUGAGAUAAGUGAUUGUACUAAUGAAACAAAUAUUAAAAUGCAAAGAAACAUCCAGGGCCUUCCUGACACCUCUGAGUCUGCUGGUGAACCUACUGCAGAGCACGUGAGUCAAGUUGAGGGUAAUGGUGACUUUCAAUUGCAGAAAACUGUGUAUGAUGCUGACAUGGAUUUAACUGCAAGUGAAGUAAGCACAAUUAUUACAGUUUCAACAGGGACUAAAAAUAAAAGUAAUAAAAAACCAAAUGAUUGUGGAAUGAAAACUUUCAGAAAAGUGAAAGAUUCAAGCUCUGACAAAAAGAAAGAAAGAUCAAAGAGACAAUUUAAAAAUAGUUCACAUGUGGAUAUUGAGGAAAAGAUUGAAAACAGACCAGAAAGAAGAUCUGUUGUUCUGGAUGGCAAAGGGGAUUCAGAAGAUCCAAGUUUUAUUUUCAAUACUGAACAGCUGGCUCAGUUGAACAUCCUGAAGAAAAUUCAUAAUGGCUUCGAUCAAGAUGACAGACAAAGUACACGGUAUAAUAAAAAAAAGAACAGAAUAUGUGUAACAGAUGAACCAGAAGAACCGUACUUGUUCUCCCAAAGUUCAGAUAAAUUCCAACAGGAGAGUAAAUUUGAUAUGGGUCAGAGUUCUCUAGCUUGUAAUAAAAGUAAACCUUCUAGACAGACUUUUGUGAUUCAUAUGUUAGAAAAAGGUAACUUGUUCCCAAACCAAAAGGAUAAAGAAACCAUUUCUGAAAACCUAGAAGCCACAAAUGAGUUUCAAACAGUUGAUCUUUCCACCAAAGAUAAUGGGAAUUUACAUGAUUAUGAGACCCAAAAUAUGUUGGAUUUGAAAAAGCAUGUCACUGAUAUGCAACCUGCUCAGCAAAAUGAAUCAAAAAUAAAUAAGAAGCUUAGGCAGAAAGUAAAUCGGAAGACAGAAAUAAUUUCCGAAAUGAACCAGAUAUAUGGCGAUACUGCUAAAGACGCACAUGGCCCAGAAAAAGGUAACUUUUUCUUCCAAAUCCAGAAGGAUACAGAAACCAUCUCUGGAAACCUAGAAGUUUCUAAAGAGUCUCAAAUACCUACUCUUUCCACCAUCAGUAAUGAAAACCUGUGCAAUUGUGAGACCCAGGAUGUGUUGGGUUUUCAAAAGCAGAUCACCAAUGUGUCCAUUCUUCAGCAAAAUGAAUCAAAAGUUAAUAAGAUUAGGCAGAAAGUAAAUCGGAAGACAGAAAUAAUUUCUGAAGUGAAUUAUAUAGAUGAUGAGAAAAGUGUGUAUUGCCCAGGAAAGGAUAACUCUUUUUUCCUAACCCAGAAUGAUAAAGCAAUCAUCCCUGAAAACCGAGAAGACCCAAGUGAGUUUACAAUACAUUCUCUUUCCACCAAAGAUAGUGGAAACCUGUAUGAUUUUGAGACUCAAGAUGUUUUGAGGGUGAAAAAGCCUGUCCGUGAUAUGCAGGCUGCUUGUCAAAAUCAAUCAGAAAUAGAUAAGAAGCUUAGGCAAAAGGUAUGUCGGAAGACAGAAAUAAUUUCCAAAAUCGACCAAAUAUAUGAGAAUAAUGACAAAGGCAUACAUGACCCAGGAAAAGGUAACUUAUUUUCUCUGGCCCUAAAGGAUAAAGAAAUCAUCCACAAAAGCCUAGAAGACUCAAAUGAGUUUGAAACAGCUGGUCCUUCCACACGAGGUAAUAGGGACCUAUGUGAUUAUGAGACUCAAAACAUUUUGGGGAUGAAAAAGCAUGUUACUGAUAUGCCACCUGCAAAGCAGAAUGCAUCAAAAAUAAAUAAGAGGCUCAGGCAGAAAGUAAGUCGGAAGACAGAAAUAAUUCUGGAAAUGAACCAGCUAAAUGAAUUUAAUGACAAAGGUGUGCAUGACCCAGAAAAAGAUGGCUUCUUUUCCCUAACCCAAAAGGAUAAAGAAAACAUUUCUGAAAACCUGGAAGUCACAAAUGAAUUUAAAACAGCUUAUCUUUCCACCAAAGAUAAUGGAAAUUUAUAUGAGUGUGAGACCUGGAAUAUGUUGGAUAUGAAAAAGCGUGUCACUGAUAUGCAAUCUGCUCAGCGAAAGGAAUCAAAAACAAGUAAGAAGCCUAGGCAGAAAGUAAAUCGGAAGACAGAAAUAAUUUCUGAAAUGUUCCAAAUAUAUGAGGAUAAUCAUAAAGACGUGCCUGGCCCAGAAAGCUAUACAAAAGAUCUUGAUCUUAAAAUAAGUAAAUCCAAACAAAGACUUGAAUGCCAAGGUAUUAUCAGUAGAAACUGUAUGGAAAUCAACAGUAAUGAAAAGGAAAAUUGUGAUCAAAUUUCAAAUCCUUGUAAACUUGUUAAAAAGCCUGGGAAAGAAUCAUCAGGCAGGGCAAAGAACAUUUUGGCAAAAAGUGAAAACAAACCUAUUUUGCAGUUAACAGAUUCUUCACAGACUUGUAUCUCCUUAGAAUCGGGUUUAAAACAUGUUCCUAAUGAAGCAGAUUCUGAUCCUGGAAACCAAAUGGAAUUACGUAACAACCUAAAGCAAAGCACUACAACUCUGAAUAAAAACAGAGAUAUCCCCUCUGUGGAAGUGAUAAAAGAAGGAGAGUGCCAGGUCAGAAAAGUCAGUAAGAUGCCAUCCAGAUCAAAAAGGAAGACCUUCAGAGAUCCUUCUCCAGAGAGCUGUGAAGUAACCAACACCAUUCAGGGAAUAUCAGUUGAAUCUGAACAAGCCGAUAAGGAAAAAAAUUUGGAAAAUGAUAAAAUUGUCACAGUUAAGCCAGACUUUUACACAAAGGUGUUGACAUCUUUAUCUCAAAUAUAUUCACCUAAUAUACAAGAGUCUUCCUUUAACAGUGUUCAUGAAGGUUCAAUACCUUUAAGUAUUUCUUCUAGUAAAAAUCUGAUAAUAAGAGAAAAUUUUGCCCUGGAGAGCUCACCAGUCUUUCAAGUAAGUGAGGAUGUGCAUGAGAAGAUGGAAGGGAUGAAAUGUAAAGUCAGCCAGAGGACACAAAAAUCAGAAAUAGGAGAUAGAACACUACAGGACUUGACAAAUACCAAUUUUGUUUCAAAUAACACUGCUAAAUCUGACAGUAAGUCAGAAGGUCUGUCUUCAGAGCUACCAAGCCGAAGAAGAAGGUGUACUCCUCUCGAUUUAAAAGAGCCAAGUCUCAAAAGUGCCUGUGAUGAUCACUCCACAGCAGCAUGUUCCUGUCACUGGGGGCCUAUCAGAAGCUGUGAUAUACCUGCCACAUGCCAUUCCCAAUCCAAAAAGACAAAAGAAAAAAAUGACGCCUAGGUUGGCAUCAUUCUUAGUAUUUAUACUGCAUGUCCAUUGUGAUUUUCAUUUUUAAAAAAUUUACCAACUAAACUGUUUACCAAAUAAUCUACAUGACCAGUAGAUCUACAGCAUUUUGCUGUAUUUAGUUUAGAAUAGGUAGCUCUUUUGAAAGAAUUAAUUAAAUUCUAUCUGGUUACCCAAGGCAGUGGUAUCAUGUUGGCUUUAGAGAGGGCUGCAGAGAAGAGAAAGAGACCUACUCAUCAUCUAACCAUUUAUACUGUUUUAAUUUGGAGCCAUAUGUAUUUAUCUUAUCCGAAAACCAUAAAUCAUGUAAAGAACAGCUACACCACCACUUCUUGCUACAUGAUAUACUAGGUGCACGGAUCAACCCUCUUCCUGAAAAAACAAAAUAAAGUUACUGGGUGAAGUAUUUUUUAAAAACAAACCUUAAAUGCAUCUAUUAGCUAGUAGAGAAGUAAGAAAGCUCAGAUCAGAGACUGAAUGAGAGCAGGAAGCCAGCAAGUUAACUUGACCCUGAAACUGGCUGUUUGCCUCAAGGCAUUUGCGCAGCUAGGUGAACCUCAGCAUGGGAGUCACAGACAGAUGGGGCUGGGGACAGAGGGUAGAUCCUAGAGUUUAGCUAAAAUGAAAAGUCUAAUAGUAAAUCUCCUUCAAUAAAGUUGAGCUCCUCUUUCAGUAGAAGAGCAAACUAAAAAUAACCUUCCCACCAGCUUUUUCAGCCCCAGGAGAUAACUCUGGUUCUGAAUUGAGGAGAAAAAAAAAUCUUCUGAGAAUUCGUAACCAAAAUGAAAUCUUCAUGCACUGUGCCUGGAACUCACAAUUUCUGGAAGUCACAAAAAACGUCAAGCUGAGGAUUUAGUAUUAGUCCAUGGCUUGUAGCGCCCCCUGUUGUCUGUUAGAAGCAAAUGCAAAUAUUUUCUAGAGACUUCGUCUCAGUCCUCAACAUAUUUUCCACAGAGAGCCAAAGGAAACAAACAGCUAGUUCUCAGUAAAGAAAAACACUACACACACAGAGGACAAGGGACCUGCAGAAGCAACUGAUGGCAGAAUCAGACACAGAAUAUAAAAUAUAAAAUGUCAAUUAAAAGAGAGGCUUGAAAAUGAGUAAAGGUGUUAAGUGAAAAAAGUAAGUUACAGAAAAACACCUACAGAAUGCUUCCAGUGUUGCAGAGGUCAGACCUAAUUGAGACCAAACCACAUCCUUUUUAGGAGUGUAAUGCACUGAUGGUAAAAACCCUAAAGAAAAAGCAAGGCAGUGAUGGACACGCUUCAGGAUAGUGUUACUUCUUGGGGGACGAGAGGGUGUGGUCAGAAAGGGGCAUGCCGGAGGCUGCUGAGUGUGGCAGUAUUUUAUUCCUUAACCUGGGUGGCAGGUGCAUCAGCUUUUACUUGAUUGUUUUUAAAUUGUAUGUUUUCAUAUAUUCCUACGUGUAUGCUAACGUUCAUAAUAAAAAGGAAAUAUGUAGGUAACAUGUAAUGUAUAAAAUCUAUGUCGAUAAAUUUUUCUUAAACUUUGUUAAUAGUUCCCACCAUCACAGAGUAUUUCAAAUAUAUGGCAAAGCUUGUGGUUUGAGGAAACAGCUUUCUACUGAUAUGAAGCAGCAAUUUUCUUCUCCAUGCUUCACAGCAAAAGCAGUAGUUUUGUGUUAUUAUUAUUGUUAAUCUUCCCUUUU